CGCAGUGUCUGUCGUCAUUGGCUAACGGCGAAAUUUGAAAUGCAACGCGCUCACCGUAGAGUAUAGUUGGAACAAAGUUAGAACAAAGUGGUCGCUAAAGAAGUGGGGAAAUAAAAACAGAAAGGGUUUUGCAAACCAACGUUUCUUCAGAAACUAAACGGUAGGUUCUUGAAUUGUAGAAAAUCAUGGAAACUGCUGUGCUGAGCCUCCAGAGCCUAUAUGAUAAGCUGAGGAUGCAAGCUGACCUUCUUAAUGAGAAUGUUGAACCCAGCUUUAUUCAAAUGGCACAAAACUUUGAUGACUGCCGUCGCAAAUGGCUGAGGACAGAGCAGGACCUGGGGUGUUGCAAAGAGGUUCUCACCAAAACGGAGACAGAGAAGGGGGCCUUGGAGGUUAAACUGAAACAUGCUCGCAACCAAGUUGAUGUGGAGAUCCGGCGUAGACAAAAGGCAGAGGCUGACUGUGAGAAGUUGGACCGUCAAAUUCAGUUGAUUCGUGACCUUCUGAUCAGUGAGGGAUCCUCAACCAGCAUCCAACUGAGUGCAGAGCAGCGCUCAGCUCUGGCCUUCCUGAACACAAACUGUCAGGGAGCAGCCAAUCUAAAUACCAGCCGAAGACUGACAACCAUAGAUGAAUCCGCCUCCAUCUUGUCAGAUAUCAGCUAUGAUAAAACGGAUGACUCGCUUGACUGGGACUCCUCCAACGUGAGGACGGUGCGACUCCAGAAACGAGAAAAGAGGCGCUCCUCGAGAAACCUUGUUGAUGGUCCUCCAGUGGCCUCCAAAAAGUCUCGAUCGUCCGGCAGAACAUCAGGCAGGGGAAAUGAAACAGUGGUGACAAAGACCACGGUGACUGUACCUGCAAAUGGAGGACCUGUUGAGGCAGUUUCUACCAUUGAGACAGUCCCUUACUGGACUCGCAGCAGGAGAAAGACUGCUGCCAUGGAGUGGGACUCUGAAUCUGUCAAGUCUGAAGAUGUCUUCAAGCAUCCCGCUAUUCCUGAGGCAGAGACGAAAACCGGGCCUGGCACUCCACAGAGCAAUGGAGGUGUCCGUCUCCAUGAGUUUGUCUCCAAAACUGUCAUUAAGCCUGAAUCCUGCGUGCCCUGUGGAAAGAGGAUCAAGUUUGGCAAGAUUUCACUGAAGUGCCGUGACUGCAGAGUAGUAUCGCACCCCGAGUGUCGGGAGCGUUGCCCUCUGCCGUGCAUCCCCAACCUGGGUGGUACACCAGUCAAAAUUGGCGAGGGCGUGCUUGCAGACUAUGUCCCUUCCAUGUCACCUAUGAUUCCCUCUCUCGUGGUCCAUUGUAUCAGUGAGAUCGAGCAAAGAGGCCUGCAUGAGGCUGGGCUGUAUCGCCUGUCUGGUGUAGAUCGUACAGUGAAGGAGCUGAAGGAGAAGUUUCUCCGCAGCAAAACGGUUCCCGUGCUCAGCAAGGUGGACGACAUCCAUGCCAUCACUGGCCUCCUGAAAGACUUUCUGAGGAACCUCAAGGAACCUAUUGUCACCUUCCGCCUCAACCGUGCCUUCAUGGAGGCAGCUGAGGUUUCAGACGACGACAACAGUAAAGCUCUGAUGUACCAAACCAUCAGUGACCUGCCACAGCCCAACAGAGAUACCUUGGCUUUCUUAGUCCUUCACCUCCAGAGAGUUGCAGACAGUUUGGACACUAAGAUGGACAUUAGUAACCUGGCUCGAGUUUUUGGUCCAACUAUUGUGGGUCAUGCGCUUCCCAACCCGGACCCUAUGACAAUCCUGCAGGAUACCAAACGACAAGCUAAGGUGGUGGAGCGUCUGCUGGCUUUGCCUGUGGAUUACUGGGGCCAGUUUGUGAUGUCGGAAAACGUGCAGCCCAACCUGGACCAUCUGGUCAUUGAGAACGCAAACUGCUAUGCCACCCCUGAGAGAGUGAGCAUACUGGGACCUCUGACCACUCCAGAGCACCAGCUCAAUAAAACCCCCUCGUCCAGCUCCUUGUCUCAGCGCAUGAAGUCCAGUCUGACACCCAGGUUUGGGAGCAAGAGCAAAUCAGCGGUUGGGUUCUCUCGCCAAGGAAAGUUUUUCUCAUCUCCACUCCUCAAAUAAUCCAGAGCACCUGAAACAACCAGCGUCAUUUACAUUUUAAUACACAUAGCACAUAACAAGGGGCCGGCUGCUUUCUAACUGCUAUGAACGCCUCCAUCGUAGUCUUCCUCCAUAUAUUAUAACACUUGUAGUAUUUCAGACUGGUAUGAGUUUGCAUGUUUGUAAAAGGAUUCUUCCUUUUAACCCUUUAAGAAGUGUGCUUAUAGAUGAAAAUGUAUACAGUUGUGAUGUGAUUGUAAAUCUAAUCAUUUUUGACAGCUUUUCAGCUCAUGUGUCACUCAGAAGCUGAAGAGCCAGUUCAUCUAAUUUCAUUCAAAGUUUUAAUUGAAUGUGUGGCUGCUUGUAACCAUAUGUUCUAGUUUGGAUGUUUGUACUUCUAUUCAGUUUUGAUUCUUUGAUCCCUUGGAGAAUUUUACUAUAAAUGUUUAAGCACAUGCCUAGUUCAUUUCAUCUUUUAAUUACAAAACCUCAAGUGUAAGAUCUUGCUUAACUGAGUGUGAUGAUUAUUACUGGCAGUGAUCAGUCUCUGGAAAAGACGCCACUGUUUUGAAAUGUUGCCGCGUUGUGUUUUACGGUGUGUCCUGCACAGCCGGUGAUCACCAGAAGCAUUGUCCAGUGGUUUAUGCUGCAGGCUGUUAUCUUUGUCCAGUUACUUUACUCCUUCAGUGUCUAUUGCUGUGUAAUGUGUAUACUAUAGGAGGCUGUUGUGAGCCGUGCUCUUUAACAAAACUUAACUUUGUAAGAAUAUUCAGUUUAUUUGCUGUGGCAUUAUUUGAUCAGCUAUUAGUACAAAUAUGCUUUCUAAAAUCCAUUAACUUAUAAAGUACAAUUCAAACAACAUCUGCCUUGAGACAUUAGGAUGAUUCUAUGAUUAGACUUGUCAUAAUUAAAAUAGUUUGACAUUAUCACACCUUAUUAUUGUUGUUCAGACUUAAAUUACAUUUGGAUUAAUGAUCUUUGGCUGGUGUAAUAAUCUGGUUUUUAGCCUCUUACAAGUUUCGUGUCCGGUUGAAUGUAUCUGAGCUUUCAGAAAAAUCUGAGUUUCCAGGUCGUAUGUCUCACUUGGAUGUUGAUGUGAAUGAUAUUUAUGCAUUAGAUACUCAGAAAUACAACUGGAUUAAGACAUGAAUGCAGCAUUAACCUUUAUUUAAACCUUGAGUGGUUAAAGCUGCAUGUGGGUUAGUUCACUUGGCUUGUAAGACAUGUUGAGUCAGGGUGAUUUGCUGUAAAAUUAAUGCUAAAAGGCCAAAAAAUAGAACUGAAAAAUACAUGUUAAGAGUCCUGAGUCGAGGUGGAAGGGGGAGGGUUGUUAGGAUGGUGUUGUAGCCUCUGGUGUUGAGUGAUGGGUCCAGCUUGAUACAGACUUGCCAUCUGCUCUCAAACCACCAGUUUAUGAACUAUUCAGACCUCGACACAUGAUUCUAACAACUCAAGUGAAUGAGAACAAGCAUCUUUGCUGUCAAGACUAAAGGGUAUCUUGA